GUUGGCGCAGGCCUUGCUCAAGCCUUGCUGUAGCUGCGCCCUUGCUCUCGACCUGCCUGCUGUCCUAUGCAGUCUGGAAACUGAUAUCUACUUGGGUCGUCAUUGACUUGCAAACUUCAAUAUGUCGGCCAAUGACAUGCCAAACGAGGCCACUAUGACGGCUCCUCCGGAACCAUCACAGCAAACUGACAGCCUCCUCAGACGUCUUGCUGGUCCAUCCGUCACGAAAGCAGGACUUGCGAAGGACCAGUCCGAGAUUAAUCGCAUAAUAGCAGAGGCUUCGAAGGGUUCCAAGUUUUACGAGAAUGAGAAACGCAAGGACAAAGAGCUUACAGAGCGCAUCGCCCGAAUAUUGAAACAUCGCGACGAAGUCAUGAAAGGGGUUGAUACUCGUAGUGUGGAGCAAUCAGUAGACCAUCUUUUAGUCAAGCUGGAAGCACAACGGGACCUCACUCAGAUCAUCGUGCACGUUGACAUGGACGCGUUUUACGCCAACGUCGAGUUACUUGACAAUCCAAGCCUCAGGGGUAAGCCUUUCGCCGUAAGUGGUAAAGGCGUCCUGACGACCGCCUCGUAUGAGGCGCGGAAGUUUGGAGCGCGGUCGGGCAUGUCCUCCUUCAUUGCCAAGAAACUCUGUCCCGAAUUGAUCCUCGUGGAGACACACUUUGAUCGGUACAUGGAGAUGUCGAAGCGGGUAAUGGACGUCUUCAAGCGGUACGAUCCCAACAUGUGUGCUGCUGGUUGCGAUGAAGGCUACCUCAACAUCACUGCCUAUUGCGAGGAGCAUCGAGUGGACGCAGAGGAAUGCGUGCGGGAGAUGCGCGAGACAGUGCACCGCGAAACACAAUUGACUGUCAGCGCUGGUAUUGCGCCGAACAAGAUGCUUGCCAAGAUCUGCUCAGACAAGAACAAGCCGAACGGCCAGUUCAAGCUAGAGUUCAACUCGCGCGCGAUCAAGGCUUUCAUGCGCGAUCUGUCCAUCCGCAAAGUACAGGGGGUGGGGCGUGUUAACGAACGCCUGUUGGAGUCGAUAGGAAUCAAGACAUGUGGAGACAUCUAUGCCCAUCGUGCAGUGUUGUCAUUGAUGGAUAAGCAAUUCGGUCUACACUUUCUGUUGCAAGCCUAUCUUGGUAUCGCGUCGAACAUUGUUCAGCCCGGCACGCGGGAGGAACGCAAGAGCAUCGGCGCCGAGCGUACAUUCUCGCCGAUCAGUGACAAGGAACAGAUCCUUCAGAAACUUGAGGAUGUCGCGGCAGAGCUGGAGAGUGAUAUGAACGAAGGAGGGUGGACUGGGAAAACGGUGACGCUGAAGUACAAAUUGGAUACAUAUCAAGUCUUCACGCGUGCGAAGUCAUUCGAUCGGUGGGUAUCGCCAAAGAAGGAGGACUUGUUCGCAAUAGGGAAGGAGCUCCUGAUGCCCGAGUUCCCGCUAAAUCUACGACUGAUUGGGCUGCGCGUGACAAAGCUGAAGGACCUCAAGGCAGAGGCGGAGAGGAAGGCUUCUGGAAUCAUGAAGUUCUUUGGGGCUGCUGAUAGUGGUGGGUCACCGACGAAAAAACAGCGGAUUGGUGUCGAGGAACAGCCAGAAGAGACUACACGGUUGCAGGCUUCAUUGGAAGACGCGAUGCCUGGAUAUUAUGAGGAAGCUGAGGCUGAGGAAGAAAAGGACGAUGUGCACUUCGCAUUUCCUGUUGCCGAGCGAGAUGAAAAGGCUGUGAACCAUACAAAUUUCUUCGAAGAUGAACGCUUUCAGCCGGACAGGCGCUCUGACCACCGCCCCAGGCCACCGAACUCAGCACCUGCACCAACGUCUUCACAAUCUUCCUCUUCGAAUUUAAAAUCCCCUCGACUCGCAGAAUCGUGUUCUGUCCGCGCGUCCUCUACUGGCCCUUCGGCUUCUGCCAUCACCUCGCGCGGCCAUCGGCCAAGUUCUCCCUCUCGCGCGACUUCAACGACAAAGGAAUCAAAUACGCAGACAUGCCCAAUAUGCACCAAGACUAUGGUCACAGACAAUGAUGGUCUGAAUGCGCACAUCGACUUCUGCUUGAGCAAAGAGGCUAUUCGAGAAGCUCAGGCUGAAAGUCCAUCCACCACUACUGUUCUGUCCCAUGCCGGUGUGGCCGGCACUUCGAAAGGCUUCAAGCCGAGAAGUAUAUCCGACAUCCUAUCUAGCUCUGGUAAGAAACGUGGAACAGCCCCGUCUGGUGCUACAGAAGGAUCCACGAGGAAGCGGAGAAAGUGACUGCAUGCAGGGAGUUGUAUCGUUUCGCGCCUGGUUUGUGGUGACCUAUUCCCGUCAUGACUAUCUUAUAUGUUGUAUCAAUGUGUAACUGUAUGAUCUGAGGGCUAUGCGAUGAGAUCCAGCGACAGUACUCAU